CUCAAAGAAACUGAAACUAGAGAAGAAGGUGGUACUCCUGCCAUUGUUGAGUCCAUCAGAGCUGGUCUUGUCUUUCAACUAAAAGAGGCUGUAGGAUACAAAAACAUAAUGGAGCAGGAGGAAAAGCUGUGCAGAAUGGCCUUCUCCACCUGGCGUAAUUCACCAAAUCUUGUUCUGUUGGGUAACAAGACAUCUCAGCGGCUACCAAUCUUCUCAUUUUUAAUUCGUCAUCCAUUUAGUGGAUUAUAUCUUCAUUAUAAUUACGUCAGUGCCUUGCUAAAUGAUUUAUUUGGCAUUCAGUCGCGUGGUGGAUGUGCUUGCGCUGGACCAUAUGCACAGGAUUUGCUAGGAAUGGAUGAAGCACUUGCAAAGGAAUUUGAAGCUUUACUUCUAGAAGAUAGCCGUCUUGAUCGUGUCCAUCUUCGACGUUACAAUGAGUACUCAGAGCACGAGGCAAUAAGACCUGGUUUUGUUCGUCUUAAUCUACCAUACUUCAUAUCAGAUGAGCAUAUACAGUUUAUACUGAAAGCUGUUGCUAUGGUAGCAGAUCAUGGUUGGAAGCUACUCCCUCAAUAUAUGUUUAAUCCUGAAACUGGGGAAUGGAAGCAUCGACGUCAUAAGGUUUUUCGUGAUCGUAAAUGGCUUGGUUCAAUCAGUUACUUGGAUGGUCACAUGACCUACCCAGCCCCUACCAAAACAGAAGGACUCCCUAAAGAUCCACAGGACUGCCUGCUCACUGCAAAACAGAUUUUUGAAAAUGCUGAGAAGUCAGCUACAACUCUUAGUGACCACACCCUGCUCCUUAGCAAAGAAGGUGAAAAGUUACGGUGGUUUUUACUUCCAAGUGAAGCUGCUACCAUACUACAGCACAAACCUCCUUCCCACCUCCCUAAAACUCCUCCUUUUACACCACGCUCAUGGGAGCCAGUAACCAAUGAUCACAAUGUAGAAAUGGAAAAAUGCAAGAAUGCAAGAAUGGAAAAAAGAAAUACAGCUCAACAAGUUACUUCUGAAACUUUAGAAAAGAAUAAUUAUUCAAACCAAUGUUCUGAUGAUAUGAAGUCUAACAUUGUCAGCUCACAUUUAAGUGAAAAUACAGGGAAUAACAGCAUGUUAUGUUUACAAAAUAAGCAGAAUACAGACACUGGAUUAUCAAAAGAAAAUAGCAAAGAAUUUAAUCAACAGUCAAGUGAUAUUGACAAUGCUUCAGCCAGGAUGAACUGUGGAGAUUUAGGGCAAUCUUGUCCUUUAAACAAACCGAUGACUUGUAAUAAGAAAACAAAACAAAGCAAACAUGAUUCAAAACUUGAAAAAACACUGAAAGAAAGUACAAAACCCAAGUUUGUUCAUCCUUCAAAGAGUAUCUUCAAACCAAUGGUAGAGGCUAUUGAAGAAUUCUCAAUGAUAAAGGAUGGCGAUCAUGUGAUGGUUUGCUUGUCAGGUGGUAAAGAUUCUCUUUCACUGCUGCACGCUCUCCAACAAUAUAAAUAUCAAGCAAAAUCUAAGGGCAUUGCAUUUGAGAUUGGUGCUGCGACAGUAGAUCCCCAAUCCACCGCAUAUGAUCCAAGACCUCUUAUUCCAUAUCUAGCAGCCCUUGGUGUCCCGUAUUUCUUCGAGGAACAAGGAAUCAUCCAACAGGCAGCCCAGCUUCCCGCCUGUGAGUCUAUUUGUAGCUUUUGUUCGCGAAUGAAGCGAGGUCGUCUGUACGCAUGCGCGAGGCGUGAAGGCUACAAUGUGCUUGCCAUGGGUCAACACUUGGAUGAUUUGACGGAAAGUUUUCUCAUGUCAGCAUUUCACAAUGGUCUGCUGCGAACGAUGAAGGCGAACUACACAGUGCAGGAAGGAGAUCUGAGAGUUAUAAGACCCUUGGUAUUUGUACGAGAAAAGGAACUCAGACAAUUCGCCGAYAAGGCGAAACUUCCCGUCAUUGCGGAGAACUGUCCAGCAUGCUUCGAAGCGCCCAAGGAAAGACAUCGCACAAAGCAGUUACUAGCGGCGCAAGAAUUGCUCUUUCCUGAGAUCUACAGCAGUCUUUUGACCGCGAUGCGACCACUGAUGGCCAAGAACCGAGUGGGAAUGGAAUCGACAAAAAUGAAAACAGCUGACUAUGACGAAUUUGUAUAAUGCAAAAUACUGUUGUGAUCUUGUGGCGUUUGUGCAUCCUGUGAGUACAAUGUGGAAUUUGAAAUCAGUUGGUCAACCUUUCAACAAAUAAGAAAGGAUAUGGAAUAUCAAUGCUUUAUUUAAAUUAAAAAAAUGCAUUUUAUAAUUUCUGAUGUAAUUUUAAAAUAAUUUCAAUUUUGUUUCGACUAAUAAAGGGCUAUUUCACGUA